CCUUACAGACGAGGAAGUUUUUCCCGGCGCUGCACUGGGAUUCACCGGAAGCGCUCCCCCCGGAAGCGUGGAGAGCCAGCGCCUUGCCAGUCGGGUUCCGGGAGACUCCGAGCGGGGGCGGGGAACUGCAGUGCAUUCUGGGAAAGCCGCCAAGCCCUCGGCUUUGUUUCCCGCCCCAGCGCGGCGUUUGGUUUCCGGAGGUCCGCAGAAGCACUGCGGUUCCCGGCUUGCGGGCUUUCCUCGGAGGCGUCUCUCCUUCCCACCUCGGGUUUUGGCUCGCGCGGCAGUCCUCCCGACGCCGCCAGCAUGUCUGGGGUGCGCGCUGUGCGGAUCAGCAUCGAGUCGGCCUGCGAGAAGCAGGUCCAGGAGGUGGGCCUGGAUGGCACUGAAACGUACCUGCAGCCGCUGUCCAUGUCGCAGAACCUGGCGCGCCUGGCCCAGCGGAUCGACUUCAGCCAGGGUUCGGGCUCCGAGGAGGAGGAGGCGGCGGGGGCCGAGGGGGACGCGCAGGACUGGGCUGGCGCCGGGUCCAGCGCAGACCAGGACGACGAGGAAGGGUUGGUAAAAUUUCAACCUUCUCUUUGGCCCUGGGACUCAGUGAGGAACAAUUUGAGAAGUGCCUUGACAGAGAUGUGUGUUCUCUAUGAUGUCCUUAGUAUUGUUAGAGAUAAAAAAUUUAUGACUCUUGAUCCCGUCUCUCAGGAUGCACUUCCUCCAAAACAGAACCCUCAGACACUGCAGUUGAUAUCUAAAAAGAAGUCACUGGCUGGAGCAGCACAGAUCCUAUUGAAGGGGGCAGAAAGAUUGACCAAAUCAGUCACUGAAAACCAAGAAAAUAAGCUGCAAAGAGACUUCAACUCUGAGCUUUUGAGAUUACGGCAACACUGGAAACUCAGAAAAGUUGGAGAUAAAAUUCUUGGAGAUCUGAGCUACAGAAGCGCAGGAUCUCUCUUUCCCCAUCAUGGUACAUUCGAAGUAAUAAAGAAUACAGAUAUUGAUCUGGAUAAGAAGAUACCUGAAGAUUACUGUCCCCUCGAUGUACAAAUUCCUAGUGAUUUAGAGGGGUCUGCAUAUAUCAAGGUUUCAAUUCAAAAACAGGCUCCAGACAUAGGUGACCUUGGUACAGUCAACCUCUUCAAACGACCUUUGCCCAAAUCCAAACCAGGUUCCCCACAUUGGCAGACGAAAUUAGAAGCAGCACAGAACGUUCUCUUGUGUAAAGAAAUUUUUGCGCAGCUCUCUCGGGAAGCUGUUCAAAUUAAGUCACAGAUCCCUCACAUUGUGGUGAAAAACCAGAUUAUCUCUCAGCCCUUUCCAAGCUUGCAGUUACUGAUUUCUUUGUGCCAUUCCUCAAAUGAUAAGAAAUCCCAAAAAUGUGCUACUGAGAAGCAAAGUCCGGAGGACCAUCUUUAUGUCUUAGAGCAUAAUUUGCAUCUACUAAUUAGAGAGUUUCAUAAACAGACCUUGAGUUCCAUCACGAUGCCUCAUCCAGCAAGCGCACCUUUUGGUCACAAGAGAAUGAGACUUUCGGGUCCUCAGGCUUUUGAUAAAAAUGAGAUUAAUUCAUUACAAUCCAGUGAAGGGCUUCUGGAAAAAAUAAUUAAACAAGCAAAGCAUAUCUUUCUGAGGAGCAGAGCUGCUGCAACCAUUGACAGCUUGGCAAGUCGCAUCGAGGACCCUCAGAUACAGGCUCACUGGUCGAAUAUUAAUGAUGUUUAUGAAUCUAGUGUGAAGGUUUUAAUCACAUCACAAGGUUAUGAACAGAUAUGCAAGUCCAUUCAGCUGCAGUUGAAUAUCGGAGUUGAGCAGAUCCGAGUUGUACACAGGGAUGGAAGAGUGAUCACACUGUCUCACCAGGAGCAGGAGCUACAGGACUUUCUCCUGUCACAGAUGUCACAGCAUCAGGUGCAUGCAGUUCAGCAGCUCGCCAAGGUUAUGGGCUGGCAAGUGCUAAGCUUCAGUAACCACGUGGGCCUUGGACCCAUAGAGAGCAUUGGCAAUGCCUCUGCCAUAACAGUGGCCUCCCCGAGUGGUGACUAUGCUAUCUCAGUUCGCAAUGGCCCUGAAAGUGGCAGCAAGAUCAUGGUUCAGUUUCCCCGGAACCAGUGUAAAGACCUUCCGAAGAGUGAUGUUUUACAGGAUAGCAAAUGGAAUCAUCUUCGUGGUCCGUUCAGAGAAGUUCAGUGGAAUAAGAUGGAAGGUCGAAACUUUGUCUAUAAAAUGGAGCUGCUUAUGUCUGCGCUCAGCCCUUGCCUGCUAUGAUCCUUGUUUCCAGCACGGUCUCUGGAUUGUUUUUUGGCAGAGAAGUUUCCAGAAACGGACUUGAGAAGACGAACCAUUAAGCACAAGGAAGAGAAAUUUUCCAAAGGAGUAUUGUUUUAAAAAAAUAAUUAGCAGAUGUUUACCUAGCAUUUUGAAACCUUUCACUUUAUAAGUGACGAGUGCUUUGAAAUGCAGAAGCUUAUGUACAGUUAUAGGGUAUAUAGUAUAGGGAGAUGCAAAACAACUUUUUUUAUGCAGUUAACUUGAAAUGUUACUAAUUUAUGGGUUUGAAUUAACUUUUUAAAAUAUUCCUUUGAUGUUGACAUCAAAUAAAGCAUAUGGUUAAAAAUUCCAGA